CUAACACAUGUUUUUCGUUACUUUCGUUAUUACCACGUGGUUAAGCGUUGAAAUAUAGUUUUGCAGCAUUUCUGUAAUGGAAAAUGGAUAAUAAUUAUGAUUUAAUAAAAACAAUUGAGGAUGAUCAAGAAGUGCCAGAUUUCUCUGAAAAUUCUGAUGCAGAAGACGAUUUUCAGCCUCAUAAACAAAAGAAAAAGGAAAAGAAAGAGUUUGAUAGGAAUUUUCAAUUUCUAAAUGAUGCUGCAGAUUAUAAUAAAGAUACAUGGAAUGAUUUAAACAAGUAUAUUAAGAGAAAAGUUAAAACAAAACUGGAUGAUAAAAUUAAAAACAUUCGAAAUGAAUCUGAGAAAGAAAAUACAAUAGAUAAUGACUUCAUUGUAGAUUCAUCUGAAAUUAAAAAAGAAGAUGAUGAAAUUUCAUUAUCAGACGAUGAACUUAAGAAAGAUGUAUUUAAGACAAAAGAAAAGAAGAAUAAAAAGAAAAAAAAUGUCAAGGAAAAUGAUGAAGAAACAAUUGAUUUUGAGGAAUAUUCAAACUCAGAAUCUCAUGCAACAUUUUAUCAAAUGAAUCUAUCACGUCCCCUAUUAAAGGCAAUAACAACCAUGAAUUUUGUCCAUCCAACACCUAUCCAAGCUGCUACCAUUCCUGUUGCAUUAAUGGGUCGUGAUAUAUGUGGUUGUGCUGCAACAGGUACUGGUAAAACUGCAGCUUAUAUGUUACCGACUCUAGAAAGAUUAUUAUAUAGACCAUUAGAUGGUCCUGCUAUUUCUCGAGUUCUUGUACUUGUUCCAACAAGAGAACUUGGUGUACAAGUGUAUCAAGUUACAAAACAAUUAGCACAGUUUACAACAAUUGAAGUAGGAUUAUCUGUUGGUGGUUUAGAUGUAAAAGUUCAAGAAACUGUAUUAAGGAAAAAUCCAGAUAUUGUAAUAGCUACUCCUGGAAGAUUAAUUGAUCAUUUGAAAAAUACACCUACAUUUUCAUUAGAUAGCAUUGAAGUACUUAUUUUGGAUGAAGCAGACAGGAUGUUAGAUGAAUACUUUGCAGAACAGAUGAAAUAUAUAGUACAGCAAUGUUCAAGAACUAGACAAACAAUGCUGUUCUCAGCUACAAUGACAGAAGAAGUAAAAGAUUUGGUUGCUGUAUCUUUAGAUAAACCAGUUAAAGUAUUUGUAGAUAGUAAUCAAGAUGUUGCUUUCAAUUUGCGUCAGGAAUUUAUUAGAAUACGAAAAGAACGAGAAGGUGAUCGGGAAGCAGUUUUGGCUGCUUUAGUUUGUAGAACUUUUCAUGAUCAUGCUAUGGUUUUUGUGCAAACAAAGAAACAAGCUCAUAGACUGCACAUUCUAUUAGGAUUGUUAGGCAUCAAGGUUGGAGAACUCCAUGGUAAUCUUACACAACCACAACGUUUAGAAAACUUGAGGAGAUUUAAGAACGAGGAAAUAGAUAUUUUAUUAGCAACUGAUGUUGCUGCAAGAGGUUUGGAUAUUAGUGGUGUGAAAACUGUAAUUAAUUUCGUAAUGCCAGCAACUAUGCAACACUAUAUUCAUAGAGUAGGAAGGACAGCUAGGGCUGGUCGUGUUGGAGUAUCAGUAUCAUUGGCUGGAGAACAGGAACGUUCUUUGGUUAAAGAAAUUAUUAAAAAUGCAAAAAAUCCAGUAAAAAAUCGAAUAAUACCACCCGAUAUAAUAGAAAAAUAUAAUAAAAAGUUACAAUCUCUAGAAUCUGAUAUUAAAAAGAUUUUAGAAGAAGAAAGAAAUGAAAGAGAAUUAGCUAAAAUAGAAAAUCAGGCAAAUCGCGUUGAAAAGUUACUAAAGGAUGAUAAUAAGACAGUACAAAGGACUUGGUUCCAAACACAGAAAGAAAGAAAAGAAGAAAAAGAAAAAUUAUCACUAACAGAAAAGCAGGUGAAGGCUAAUAAAGGGAAGAAAAGGCAAAGUGAUGAGGCUCCAAAUGUAGUUAAAGAUAAGAAAAAGAAAUUAUCCAAAGAACCUAAAAAAGAAACGGCGGAAGAUAGAGCAAAUAAAGAAUUAGAAAAAAUUGCGGCAUUCCAAGCAAGAUUAGCUAAAAAGAAGAACAAACAAAAGAAACUCCGUACAGUCGUAGAUGAUAAAUUUAUGACUAAUAAAAGAGGGUCGUUAAAGCGGUCAAAAUCUUCAUUUGCUGCUGAUUUGACAGACACUAGUAAGAAAGCUGUAAAAAAAAUGCGUUACGAGGCAAACAUUAAGAAAAAUGAAAGGAAAAGAAAAGGUGCACACAAUUUAGACAGAGGAAAGAAGGAUACUAGGAAAUCUUUUAGGAAACGUUAAACCAAAUUUUUUUAUACUUGUAACUACAUCUUAUUAAAUACAUACCAUUUUA